AAAAAAAACUUUAAAAAAAAGACUAGAAACUUUCGGUCCAACAGAAAAAAACACUGACUGACUGACAAAGUGUCGCAACUUGCCUCACUCCUACUUUAAUGCAACUUUUACAUGUGUGCGGUUUUCUUUUUUUAAACAGACGCCGCUCACCUACUUUGACAACUUCUGAAUGAGCCGCUAGCGUUGAGAGUUUUUCUUCCCUUUUUUAACGUUAAACCUCAUCUUUUCAAUUUGACGUUUGGGAUAAAGUUCGCUUCUUUUAUCGGCGCGAGACUCGUGAUGGCCGUCCUGUCACUAGCGUUCCUCCUCCUGGGAUUUGCAUUGACUUCAGCCGACAAGGCUGGCGAAGUAGAAAAAGAGGACCAGCUGAGGAGCCGGCUGAGGGAAUACGGCCUCGUCACCCCCUUCAGCACCGACUCCCGCGGACGCUACCUGUCGCACCUGCUGUCCGCCGCCCACAAGCAGCGCGCCAAGCGGGAGGCGCCUCCCCCCGGCGAGGCGGCCGAGCGCCAGCUCUUCUUCAACAUCUCCGCCUUCGGGAGGGAGUUCCACCUGCGCCUGCGGCCCAACACCCGGCUGGUGGCGCCGGGCGCCGUGGUGGAGUGGCACGAGGAGACGCCGGGCGCCGCCGCCGACGGGGGGAAGGAGCACGGCGCCAACCAGACGGAGAGGAGCCUCCAGCGCGGGCUGCUGAAGACCGACUGCACCUUCAUCGGCGACAUCACCGACGUGCCCGGGGCCUCGGUUGCCAUUAACAACUGCGACGGCCUGGCCGGGAUGAUCCGCACCGACGCUGACGAGUACUUCAUCGAGCCGCUGGAGAGAGGCACCCAGGAGCUGGAGCACCACGGCCGGGUCCACGUGGUCUACCGCCGGUCCGCCCUGCUGCAGGCCGCCUCCGCCCCCCCCGGGGACGACCAGCUACCAGAGCCAGAGCUGGACGUAGCCGGAGCCCUGGACUCUGUGGCCCGGCAGGUCAACGAGACGGCCCGCCGCCGCCGCCGCCGCCGAGACGCCGGAGAGGACGACUACAACAUCGAAGUCCUGCUGGGGGUCGACGACUCGGUGGUUCGCUUCCACGGGAAGGAGCACGUGCAGAACUACCUCCUCACCCUCAUGAACAUCGUGAACGAGAUCUACCACGACGAGUCGCUGGGAGUCCACAUCAACGUGGUGCUGGUGAGGAUGAUCAUGCUGGGCUACGCCAAGUCCAUCAGCCUCAUCGAGAGGGGGAACCCGUCCCGCAGCCUGGAGAACGUCUGCCGCUGGGCCUUUGUGCAGCAGAAGGGCGACUCGGAGCACGCCGAGCACCACGACCACGCCAUCUUCCUGACCCGCCAGGGCUUCGGCCCGACGGGGAUGCAGGGUUACGCUCCGGUGACGGGGAUGUGCCACCCGGUGAGGAGCUGCACCCUCAACCACGAGGACGGCUUCUCCUCCGCCUUCGUCGUGGCUCACGAGACCGGACACGUGCUGGGCAUGGAGCACGACGGCCAGGGCAACCGCUGCGGGGACGAGACGGCGAUGGGCAGCGUGAUGGCGCCGCUGGUGCAGGCGGCCUUCCACCGGUACCACUGGUCCAUGUGCAGCGGACAGGAGCUGAAGAGAUACAUCAGCACGUACGACUGCCUGCUGGACGACCCCUUCAAGCACGACUGGCCUCAGCUGCCCGAGCUGCCCGGCAUCAACUACUCCAUGGACGAGCAGUGCCGUUUCGACUUCGGAGUGGGCUACAAGAUCUGCACCUCGUUCCGCACCUUCGACCCGUGCAAACAGCUGUGGUGCAGCCACCCGGACAACCCGUACUUCUGCAAAACCAAGAAGGGGCCCCCGCUGGACGGCACGGAGUGCAACCCGGGAAAGUGGUGCUACAAGGGUCACUGCAUGUGGAAGAACCCUAAUCAGGUCAAGCAGGACGGCGCCUGGGGCUCCUGGAGCAAAUACGGGUCGUGCUCGCGCUCCUGUGGAACCGGAGUGCGCUUCAGGACGCGGCAGUGCAGCAGCCCGGCGCCCUCCAACGGGGGCCAGGACUGCCCGGGGCUGAACUACGAGCAGGCGCUGUGCAACGCCGACGACUGCCCCAAGCACUACGAGGACUUCCGCGCGCAGCAGUGCCAGCUCCGCAACGCCCACUUUGAGUUCCAGAACGCCAAGCACCACUGGCUGCCCUACGAGCACCCCGACGCCAGCAAGCGAUGCCACCUGUACUGCCAGUCGAAGGAGAGCGGGGACGUGGCGUACAUGAAGCAGCUGGUGCAUGAUGGGACGCGGUGCUCCUACAAAGACGCCUACAGCCUCUGCGCACGCGGGGAAUGUGUGAAAGUCGGCUGCGACAGAGAGAUCGGCUCCAGCAAAGUGGAGGACAGAUGCGGCGUCUGCGGCGGCGACAACUCUCACUGUCGCACCGUCAAGGGCAGCUUCACCCGCACCCCGAAGAAACCCGGGAAGACCAGAGGAGCCUUCUCUUUGCCCAGAGGAGCACGGAACGUGCUCCUGAAUGAGACCGAGGACUCUAGGAACACGCUGGGCUCCAUUAAGAUGUUUCUCGUUCCUCCCGGAGCGAGACAUGUGAUCCUCCAAGAACACGAGGCCUCCCCUCACAUUCUUGCCAUCAAGAACCAGGCGACGGGCCACUACAUCCUCAACGGGAGGGGCGAGGAGGCGGCGUCCAGGAGCUUCAUCGACCUGGGCGUGGAGUGGAACUACAUCAUCGAGGACCAGGUGGAGAUGCUGCACACGGACGGACCUCUGCACGACCCCGUCCUGGUCCUGAUCAUUCCCAAAGACAAUGAGACGCGGUCCACCUUAAUGUACAAAUACAUCAUCCACGAGGACUCGGUGCCCGUCAACAACAACAACGUCAUCCAGGAGGACACGUACGAGUGGGCUCUGAAGAGCUGGUCGCCCUGCUCCAAGCCCUGCGCCGCAGGGUUCCAGUACACAAAGUACGGCUGCAGGAAGAAAGGAGACACGAAGAUGGUCCACCGGGGAUACUGCGACGCCGGCAAGAAGCCCAAACCCAUCCGCAGGAUGUGCAACCUGCAGGACUGCACGCAGCCCCAGUGGAGCUCCGAGGACUGGGAGCACUGCACCAAAACCUGCGGCAGCCUGGGCUUCCAGAUCCGGUCGGUCCGCUGCGUGCAGCGGCUCGGCGACGGCGCCGACCGCUCCGUCCACAGCAAGUACUGCAGCGGGGAGAAGCCCGAGAGCCGCAGGCCGUGCGGCCGGGCGCCCUGUCCGGCCCAGUGGAGGACCGGCGCCUGGUCAGAGUGCUCCGUCUCCUGCGGCGAGGGCGUGGAGCGCCGGCUGGUCACCUGCCGCAUCGGAGACCAGUGUAACGGAGACAAGCCGGAAGCCGUGAGGUCCUGCAGACCGGCUGCCUGCCACGACGAGGCGUGCAGCGGAGACAAGUCCAUCUUCUGCCAGAUGGAGGUGCUGGCGCGGUACUGCUCCAUCCCGGGCUACAACAAGCUGUGCUGCGACUCCUGCAGCAGGCGCGGCGCCGCUCUGUCCCUGUUCCCCGAGGCGGCCGAGGAGCACGCCCGCUUCGGCUCGGCCUCCCAGCUGCUGGAGACGCUGACGGCCUACGCGGCGGCCAACGCCACGCGCGGCGCUAAACAAGGCCCCGGCAAAGGGCCCGCCCCCGGCCCCGCCCCGCUGAAGAAGACGCCGCCGCCGAAGGCGACGCCGGCGCCCCGGCGGGUCAAGCGGAAGGCGGGCCUCGGCGGCAGGAAGCGGCCCGCCGUGGCGCCGUCUCCCCCGGGGCAUUCCGAGGAGGGUCAAAGGUCAAGAGGCGCGACACAAGGACGGCGGCCUUCUGCGGACUCCGAAGUGGAGAGAUGAGAGCGAGGCUCCUCCCCCUCAGGACUCGUGAUGUACAGCAGCAAAGAAAAGUGCUGGUUCACUUUGUUUAGCUUCUUAGAAUCUCCCCUCCGCCCCUCGUAGUGACUCCCAAAGUACCGACGGCAUCGAUGGUCAGUAACAGCCAACGGGUUGCUAAGUGUCAAAAAACAACGCUUCAUUCCAACAAGACCUUUUUAACCCAACGAAUGUGGAAGCUUUCUGUGAUGUCACCCACAGGACAACCCACCUGUCCCAGAGAGAUAAUCCACCUGUCCCAGUGAGACCAUCCACCUGUCCCAGUGAGACCAUUCACCUGUCCCAGUGAGACCAUUCACCUGUCCCAGUGAGACCAUUCACCUGUCCCAGAGAGAUAAUCCACCUGUCCCAGUGAGACCAUUCACCUGUCCCAGUGAGACCAUUCACCUGUCCCAGAGAGAUAAUCCACCUGUCCCAGUGAGACCAUUCACCUGUCCCAGAGAGAUAAUCCACCUGUCCCAGUGAGACCAUUCACCUGUCCCAGUGAGACCAUUCAUUUGUCCCAGCACUCGAAGAGUCAAAAACAUCAACAUCAACCAGAGGACCGUUAGGAAAGUGGUUUUCGUUGUAUAGAUUUCUUUAAAUAACCAGCAAUGUCUGUCAAAUGGCGCUCUACAGUUUCUAUGGAAAUAGGUAUUUAUAAAGGUUUCUGUAAAUACUGCACAUUAAAAUAUCAGUAUUAUUUGAAGAAGCUGAGGAUACUUCCAAAAAACAUUGCCCUCAAGCAAAACAAAACCCUGUUGUUCUAAAUGUUUACAGUUUCAGUGUUAAAUGGACGUCAAUAGAUUCAACACUUUCACUUGUUUGUUAGAUAUAAGAUCAACACCACUUCCACAUGUGCAUGCAGGCUGUUAGCUUAGCUUAGCAUAAAUACUGGAAGCAGGCGGGUUGAGCUGUGCCGAGGACGACCACCAAGCCCACCAACUAAUACGUAGCAUAAAUGGUUAAGUCAAUGGUUCUUUGUGUUGAGCUUUGCUAUGAUAAACAUCUCCUGCAACACGAGGCUGGAUCACAUGAGCGACUGAGCUCUACCUUUAUUUGUAAAUCAAAAGCCUCCUUUUAGCUCCGUUUGGGUCUCCUCCAACUGCUCGGUGAAACAUUUGAUGAUCCGUUAGCUUCUCAUUAUUCCACUUUUUGAACCAGCUCGCUGAUUAGAUCUCUGAUUUU